UGUCAAGGGAACCCAAGGGGUGCGCUUGGAGGCGACUUGUCAGGUUGGAUGUCAUGUCGGAAAGUCAUGCGGGAUUUGACGGAGGGGGAGGGUAUUUUCCUCGGAUGUUGCAUACCGUUAUCUCUGUUUGCUGCCGCUACGAGCGCGGCUCAUUCUGAUUCCCGAUUCGCGGCACCGAAUGCCCUCUUCUUACACAUCCAACACAUCCAAACCAGCGUCUCUGCCGUACUAACUGCGACCUGUCCCCCUUCGCUCGCGAGGCAUUGCCUGUCCCUUCUUUGCUUCCAGGCCAUUGGGAAAGCACCAUGAGCACCCCGUCGCUGUCCGUCGUCGACUCGGAAGAGGGCGUGACGUUGGACGAUUCCAUCGGCCCUCCUACACCAACGGACAGCUCCUCGUUCAGCCCCGAGCUCCGUCCUAGAGACGACUCUGCUUAUUCGCCCGUGAAAGCGCAAGGCAACAAUAGCCAGUUCUUGUCCUUUCCGCUGUUCGACAUCACAACUCCAGCCACCUCAGUCCGAAACAUCUGCUGUGUUGGCGCCGGUUUUGUUGGGGGACCAACCGCCGCGGUUAUCGCGUUACAUAACCCCCAUCUUCGAGUCACGGUGGUCGAUAAAGACGAGCAGCGCAUACGGAGAUGGAACUCCAAGCACCCCCCGAUCCAUGAGCCCGGCUUGAAGCACAUACUGCGGAUUACCCGGGACGGCUCAAGGGAGUGUACCUUCCACAGUGGCUCUACGCGGUUCCGCAGGGGCUCCGACGACGAGCGCGACUCUCCAUUCCAUAACGAGGGUGAACCGGGUGCCGGACAGUGCCAGUCGGAUACUACUAGUAGUACUGGGGCAAACAUCCGAGUUCCCGCAAGAAGUCCAAACUUGGUGUUCACCACCGAGGUGGCCAAGUCCAUAAGCGAGGCCGAUAUAGUUCUGAUCGCUGUCAACACGCCAACGAAGCGCCGCGGGCAUGGAGCCGGGUCCGCCACGGACAUGGCGGCCUUUGAGACAGUGACAGCUUUCGUCGCGCAACACGCCCGUCCCGGCAUCAUCAUUGUGGAGAAGUCUACUGUUCCAUGCAUGACGGCACGCCUCGUGCAGGGUAAGCUGGCCCUUUACCGACCAGGCGUGCCCUUCGAGGUCCUCAGCAACCCGGAAUUCCUAGCAGCCGGCACGGCCGUCAAGGACCUGCUGCACGCCGACCGCAUCCUCAUCGGGUCCAGCAACACUCCGUCCGGGCACAGGGCCGCCGCCGCCCUCGCAGCGGUCUAUGCCAGCUGGAUUCCGCGGUCUCGCAUCAUCACCAUCAACGUCUUCAGCUCCGAGCUGGCGAAGCUGGUUGCGAACGCCAUGCUAGCGCAGCGCAUCAGCAGCAUCAACUCGAUUGCGGCCGUGUGCGACGCGACGGGGGCCGACGUCGACGAGGUCGCCGAGGCAAUUGGUGCCGAUCCCCGCAUCGGCGGCAAGUUCCUCAAGGCCGGCAUCGGCUUCGGCGGGAGCUGCUUCAAGAAGGACGUUCUGAGUCUGGUCUACCUCGCCGAGACGUUGGGCUUGCCCGAGGUUGCGCGCUACUGGAGGGCCGUCACCGACAUGAACGAGUUUGCCAGGACCCGGUUCACGUCACGAGUGAUCAGCUGUCUGAACAACACGCUGGCUGGCAAAAAGCUCACGGUGCUUGGAUAUGCGUUCAAGAAGGACACGAACGACACGCGCGAGUCGCCCGCUUUGCAUAUCGUCCAGACACUGCUCGAGGAGGGUCCCAAAGAGCUCGCAGUGUUUGACCCUCUCUGCAACCCAGCGCAGAUCAUGGACGAAAUUGACAGCAUUGCUGGGCCAGAAGUGCUGCAGCGCAACGGUGGCCCGGUAGUUGUCUACACGGACGUGUACGCGGCAUGCCGGGGUUCCGAUGCCGUACUCAUCACCACCGAGUUCGACGAAUUUAGAAACCUGCCGAUGCAGGUGGAGGCCAAGAUGGAGAUGAGCAUAGCAGAUCCCCGGCCGUUUGAUAGAGAUGAGUCAAACGAAAGCGACCUCCUUUCGCUCCACUCCUAUCUUUUGCAGUCUCAAACCGCUGUCGCGACGGCCAGCGGACACAUCAUGCCCGAAGCAGAAAGCACGUUUGGGCGCCUCCAACCGAUGCCACCUUGUCCCGACAACUGUCCCGACUGCCUUGCAGAAAAGGCCGUGGGGGCGGCUGGAGCUGGAGCCAGUAUGAAACUUACACCCAAACGCCGAUUGGAUUGGAGGAAGAUCUACUACCACAUGAAUCGGCCGCAGUGGGUGUUUGACGGCCGAGGAGUCCUGGAUAUCGCCGCGAUGGAGAAGAUUGGGUUUCGUGUUGAGAGUGUGGGUCGCCAGAGUCGUAUAUCAUACUAGCAGAAGUGAGAGCGGAGAGGAUAGGGGCAUAAUACACUCAGAGCAUCAUCUUUGCUUCUGGUUGGCAGCGACAAGUAUCUGAAC